AUGGUUGAUUUAUCCAACUACCAGCGGUUAGAGAAAGUGGGUGAGGGCACGUAUGGAGUUGUUUAUAAGGCGCUUGACACGAGACACAACAACCGAGUUGUUGCAUUGAAGAAGAUCCGUCUUGAGAGCGAAGACGAGGGAGUGCCAUCGACUGCUAUCCGCGAGAUCUCGUUAUUGAAAGAGCUCAGGGACGAGAACACGGUCAGGCUAUACGAUAUUAUCCACUCGGAUUCGCACAAGUUGUACUUGGUGUUUGAGUUCUUGGACUUGGAUUUGAAGAAGUACAUGGAGUCCAUACCGCAAGGCGUUGGCCUAGGUGCCGAUAUGAUCAAGAAGUUCUUGAUGCAGCUGGUGAAGGGCACAGCCUAUUGCCACGGCCAUCGUAUUCUCCAUAGAGACUUGAAGCCUCAGAACUUGUUGAUCGACAAGGAAGGUAAUUUGAAGUUGGCCGAUUUUGGUCUAGCGAGAGGGUUUGGUGUUCCCUUGAGAUCCUAUACCCAUGAAGUUGUGACACUCUGGUACAGAGCCCCAGAGAUCUUGCUAGGUGGCAAGCAAUACUCGACAGGUGUCGAUAUCUGGUCUAUAGGCUGCAUAUUUGCAGAGAUGGUUAACCGUAAGCCGCUAUUUGCAGGUGAUUCCGAGAUUGACCAGAUCUUUAGAAUCUUUAGAAUCCUAGGUACACCGACCGAGGAGGUUUGGCCAGACGUUACAUAUCUACCGGAUUUCAAACCAACCUUCCCUAAAUGGUCAAAGAAGAACUUACAAGAUACCGUGCCAACGUUGGACCCUGCGGGUGUUGAUCUAUUGGAGCAGAUGUUGGUUUACGACCCAGCUGGUCGUAUAAGUGCUAAACGUGCUCUAUUACAUGAAUAUUUCCAAGAAGAUCCUUCCCAAACGCAACAGUAUCGUCAACAGGCUACAGUACCACUUGGUGCAUCAAUCUAUACUUAG